AUGGAGGAGGCUGAGUCAGAGGAAGAGGAGGAUGAGCUCCCCAUGUACCAAGAGCACUACAAUGCUCUCUUCUCCAUGGACUUUGUGGAGACCAAGUACCCACAUGAUGACACAAUGAGGCUCUUGGGAUCUUUGAGGAUGUGGAGCUGGUCCUCAAGAACAUGCGCUUGGCCAAGUUCUUCUCUACCGCAUGGAGUCAUACAAGGAGCUCACUUGUUGGGGAUGGAUCACGUUCUUGGCAAGGGAGAAAGGAAGGUGACCUUCAGGCAGUUGGAGAUCCUUUGGUUUCACUUAUGGGAGGGAACCCAUUGGGAUAUCAAGGAGAAUGAGCUCCAAAGAGUUGGGCUACAAUCGCUGAGGAGGUACUCUUCCUCAAGGUCAAGGGCUCAGAUCAGGAGCCCAGUGCUGAGAUAUGUCCACAAGGCUCUUGCCAACACCUUCUUUGCAAGGAAAGCACUGGGACAAUCAAUGAGGAGAACUACUCUCCUACAAGACAACGCCUAUAGCACUGGUUUCAAACGGGAAGGAAGCUUAGUGUUGGAGGGUCAUCACACCAAUCCUUCUGUGCAGCUGGAGUCCAUUUGGACAAGAGAAGGUCUACUCCAGCAGGAUGGAUGGACAUUAAGUUUUGCAAGACCAACCUCCUCAUUGAACACAAGGAGUUGGAUGGGAGGUUCCAAUUCAAGUUCACACAUCCAUUGGCUGGCCCUUCCAAGCUUCUUCUGCCCAACCCUGAGCUCACCACGGUGUAGGAGGUACAACAUUGACUUCAGCCCCCACUACACAUUAGUUGGGCAUGAAGAGGAUUUGCGAGAAGAGGAGCCUGAAGCUCGAUCGAGUUGA